CGUACGUAACACCUGUCGAGAAGAUUGGUUCAUGGGCAUGUCUAUGGAUUUUUUCAAUUAAGUUUGAGUCUUUUGUUUUUCUCCUGUUAAUUAUUUGUUACAUAGUUGUGAAUUGGUUUUCUAAUGCAUACCUUCGCUCAUCUUCAAUAAUAAAAGUAUUGUUACAACUGUAUUCAAAGUUGGAGGCAUUAGCAGUAUUUCUCCAUUAGAUUUCUCAUUCCUUUUUUUUUCUCAUUUGGAUGUAGUUAAUAUUUCCAAAAUCAUUUGCCCGUAAACAUUAAUUUUCUUUCUUUUGAUAGUACUUUUCUUAUUUUCUUCAUGGAUUUCAACCCAAUUAAUGAUGAGUGUACACAAAACACAAGCAAAGUAGUUACAGUAUUUAAAUGUCCUAUUCAGUUAGCUAUCAUGUGUUUAAUUUCCUUUACCCAAAAUUCUAAUUGAACUGCUAUAAACUGGUAUUCUAGAGUCACUGUGAACCAGGUUAGUGGUAACUUUGUGUUUUUGUUAAUUGUUUUUUUUUUUUUUUUCAAAUUACAGAUAAAUACAUAGCUAUCUCACUGUGGAUGCUACAACACCAACAAAGACUGUUGACAGUAAAUAGCCAGGAGAGGGAUUAGAGAAUUCAUCAGAGAGAAAAAGAAAUCAAAAGAACUUUUUAAUUUUUUUUAUUGUAAUAUAUAAUUUUAUAGACAGAGAGAGAGAGGGAGAGAGAAAUGAAGAUAACAGCAUUGCUGGUGUUGAAGUCCAACCAGGAUGGAUCAGAUUCAAUAAUCCUGGCAAAUGCAUCAGAUGUCUCACAUUAUGGGUACUUCCAGCGCUCCACUGUCAAGGAAUUCAUUGUCUUCGUGGGUCGAACUGUUGCCAAGCGGACCCCACCCAGCCAGCGUCAAUCUGUCCAGCACGAAGAGUAUAAGGUGCAUUCUUAUAAUAGGAAUGGCCUUUGUGCCGUGGGAUUUAUGGAUGAUCAUUACCCAGUUCGAAGUGCAUUUUCUCUUCUUAACCAGGUGCUAGAUGAGUAUCAGAAGAAUUUUGGUGAUUCAUGGAAAGCUGCUCGAGCAGAUAGCACUCAACAAUGGCCAUAUUUGAAUGAAGCUCUGGUCAAAUUUCAGGACCCUGCAGAGGCGGACAAGCUACUGAAAAUUCAAAGAGAAUUGGAUGAAACAAAAAUCAUUCUUCAUAAAACUAUUGAUAGUGUUCUCGCUCGAGGUGAGAAGCUGGAUAGUCUAGUUGAGAAGAGUUCGGAUUUGAGUGCAGCAUCACAGAUGUUCUACAAGCAGGCCAAGAAAACCAACCAGUGCUGUACCAUACUGUAAGCUUUGCUUACCUAUAUUCAAUUGUUUGUUCGGAAUGAGUUUUCUGAUUUAAAAGAGAGAACAUUAGAUGUUGGGAAAAUAAUUUAUUAUCAUAAUCAAUCUACCUAAUACUUCUGGCCA